CCAAUAUAAUUUAUCAUUUUCGUGUGUACAAGAUGGGAAAAAAUUAUUAAUCACAUUUCUACAAAAUUUUACUUGUAUCUCUAAAGAUAUCAGACUGGAAAAAAAGGAAACAUACAUAUGUCAUUUCAACAUUCAUUCCAUUUGAUAAAAGAUAAUAGAAAUGGGGGUUACAGGUGUACUAGGUAAAAAGAGAUGCUCUUACAGCCAGUGUCAUGCGAUUAAAGCAUAUGUGAUGCGUGUGUAAAACACGUAUGUGCGACAAGUAGUAUGUGUGUACACCUAUUUUGUACAUAUACGAUACAAUAAAAAAUUUCACAACUUUUAAAAUCCGUAUGCUUGGGUGAAACAUGUUCAUUUGAGCAUAACCUGUUCUGUAGAGAGCUACAAUUUUCAAUGCGAAUUCUGUAUAUUAUAUAUAUCAUAAUUAUUACGAAAAAGAAUUAUUAUUCAUUUCUGAAAGUAUAAAGUAUGUUACAUGUAAAAAAAAUUAUUCCUUCAGAGACUGACGAAACACGAUAUUCAUGAUUGCAUUCAAGAUUCGUUGACAUUUUUAACGUUUUUUAUUUGUCUUUAAUUUGAUCUAAUGUCUAAUGUCUCUCAUGUAUCUGACAAGUAACUUUUGCAUAUAAACACUUUCUAGAGAAUUAAUAUAUGUAUGUACAACAUGUCAGUUUUUUUACUCAUAGCUUACAUAAGGAAGAAUACAUAAAGGAAAAACAUUUUUUUAAUACAUAUCGAGUUUUAAAUAGAUUUAUACACAAAAGCAGUCAAAAAGUAUAACUCUUGGAUAUUUAACAAAAGUGUGUUUAAUGAGGUGUGAUGUGAUAUAAUCAAUGAAAUAUAUAACAGCAAAUAAAAAAUUAUCAACUAGACAUGUUACAGAUUGACUUUUGGAAUUAAAUAUUGCGAUAUGCAGAAUGUUAACUUGAAUAAAUGUUCUACUAAUAUCACAAAGAACAGAGUCUCUCAGAACAUUGCAGAAUGUGACAUAAUUGAUGAUGAAGUAGUAACUUUACAGCAACAAAUAAUAGAAUUGAAUAAAGUUAUUGUAAAUUUGGAAGAUGCUAUACAAAUAAAAGAUACACAAUUAGAAAACACACAUCGAGAGAAAGGGAGACUAUUGACAGAGCUAAAGAAACAACAAAGAUGUAACAGAAAUCUUAAACAACAGUUAGAUGAUGAGAAAUAUUUUUAUCAGAGGGAAAAAGAACACUUCAUCGAAGAAAUGCAACGAUACAGAACUAAAUACACUGGUAACGUGUCAAAGUUUCAGCAGCAACGACAUAAAGAAUUAGAAGAAGCACAAGAUAUUUUAGAAACAGAAAAUAAACGACUUAGAGAAGAAUUGGCAGAUAAAAACAAAGUUACAUAUAAUAUAUGUAUAAAGUUUCUUCGCAUGAAACAUUCCAAGGACACAUUAAGAUAUAAAUUGGAUCAGCUGUUGCACGAGCAUCUGUUAGUAAUAGCUGAAAUGAUGGAAAAGUUAGAUGAGGCAAGAAAGGAGCUUAACUUAAUUGUAUCAGAGAAAUUUCAAGAACCAUUGCCCCUUAAUAAAGCUAAAUUUUUACAAGUUGUACAAAGAAAUAACAGAUUGAUGUAUGAAAAUGCAACAUUAAAGGUACAAGCUCAUCAACUUACACAGAAUAUAGAAAAGUUAAAAAGUCAAAUGCAAAAACCGAAAAAGAUUAACAUAGAUGCUAAAAUUAUUGAGAAAUUAUCAUCGCAAAGUAGUACAAGCUCAACUCUCAUCAACAAAACGGAGAAAAUCGCUUUGCUCUCUAAAUUAUAUCAAUCUGUUGAUGAUUUUGGAGAUGUAAAGACUGAAUGUGUUCAAAGUGCACCGGGAAUUAUGGAAACAAUUCCUCAACAGAAUAGAUAGCUCUACAAAUUAAACAAUGUAUUGAAUCACAUUAUUCGUUUCGGAUAUCUUCAUUAAUCAGACAAAAGUGACAGGAGUCAGCUAGAGAUG